UCAUCCACGGACUAAGAUAUUAUAUCUUAGUCCGUGUUAUCAUCCCAUAUCUGAGUCCACGCUUCAAAAUUAUAGCAUUACACUUUCUGAUUCACGAUAGCGGGAACACAUUAAAAGUUUAAUCGAAAAUCUCGACUUAGUGACUUUUAUUUACGCCUAGGCUACUAGCUGUCUGGCUCCCCCUGUCCUUUACGCCCUCCAACCACUGAUGCGAUGUCCAACGUGGACGUCUUGGAGCAAUUGCAGCUGGUGCUCAAGCCCGACAUGCCGGACAGGCGGCUCGUGUGCGUCGAGGAGACAGACACCGCCAAAGCGGACAUGAUCUUAUCGUUUUACAUGUGGUACGCGUUCACGAAGACUGACCUGCCCGUGCAACUGAUUGGUACCCGGGACUCGUACGGUCACUACCAGAACGUGGGCCUGAAGUUCCAUUACAACCUGCUGUCAAUGUCCAAUCAAAGUCGAUUUGAGUACGUCGAUUCUGUCGAGUGCAUUAACGAUCUGUUUAACUAUACGGGUGACCUGCUUAAAAGAUACCCCACCGGCCCUACCUACAUGGUAGUGGAUGAUAUUAGCUCAUUUUUGUUGUUAGGCGCGACGUUAAGUGACAUUAUUACAUUUCUGAUGUAUGUCAAGCAUGAACCGCGUCUUCGCUUAGUUAUUGGCUGUUGGAAACAUAAGGAUGAUGAAUCAGCUAAGAGGCUAGCAUCUGCUAUAUCGCAUACAGCCGACAUCAGGGUGGCACUGGCACCAUUAGUCACAGGGUUUUCUAAUACUGCAACAGGCACAAUGAGGAUCACUACACAUGAAUCACAGUGCGGCAUAGAAGAAGUGUCUUAUCUGUACAAGUUAGCCGACAAUGGCCUUAAGUUAACAUUGAAUUCAGGCACUGUUUGAUAAAACCAUUAGGUUUUUAAACAUUUUAUAAGCUGUUAUAAAGUGAUAUGAUUUGAUGCAUACUAUUUGUAUAAAAUGAAUUAAUUAUAUACUGUAAAUAAAUAUCAACUAAAAAUAA